GUGAAAACAGUUGUUUACUAUCUCUGUGUGAGUGUCCCAUGUUCCAAACGACCAUACGCCCUGGAAAAUGUGCCCGGGAAUUUUAAAGAUAUUCGAUACUGGAGGGUUAUAAAAACUGAACAUGUCGGAGAAGGAAGAAAACGACAACUUCGUGACAGUGCUGGCGGUGGGGGCAGAGCAACAGGAACCGGACAGCGAAAAUAUCAACUUUGAAUCGAACGGUCCAGGAUACGUCACGGUCCUGACAAUAGGGGAUACCGAAAACAACAACAAAGUCCUUAAGGACGUGACGGAGGAGGUGCUAGUAUACAGACUGCCUGGCGAGAGGCUGGGUUUUGGACUUAAGUUCGAGGGAGGCACUAAAGCGAAUGAAUUUGUCAAACGUUUGUUUAUACAGUCUUGUGCGGCGGAUAGUCCGGCGUCACGCGUGAAAAGUUCCUGGGGCAAACUAACCGAAGGGGACGAAGUACUAGAAAUCGAUUCCAUACCAGUGAAUACCAUGACGAGGAUCGACUGUGUCCGUUGUCUUAAGGAUUCCAACGUAGCUAUCAAACUCUUAGUCCGCCAUAGGUAUGAUAACCACAAACCAAAAAUGAAGUGUGAAGACGAACCACCUCAAAUUAUCGGUACGGAGGAAAAAAGAACUCCCCCAGCACCCCCGCCUGUGCCGCCAAGAAAAAUUCCCAGGAAACUACUAAAAAAUGCAAACCCAGUCCCCCCUAAAGAGAUACCAGAAAACCCACAAGACAAUUCCACCCCACCUGCAGCAACUAACAUUAAAUCGAAAAAGCUUCAAUCGCCUCGUAGCAGCAUCAAAUCUUAUUAUUCUCCUAACGUACCAAGACGAGACAGAAGGUUUUCUGACGGCAGUUUGGGACCACCCGAUGCAGAGGUGUAUGUAGAUUUAUUCUUACAAGAAUCCACGCAAAGCUUAAGCGAAUCCGACGACACUGGCAGUACGAUUUCCACAGUUAUAGAUCGUUUUGGUUCAUUCCCCACGACGACCACUUCAAGCUUCUCCGGGAGCUUACCAUCAACUCCCACGUCGAUACAAAGGCAAUUGGACAUAUCCAACAUCACCAUUUACGACGACGAAGACUCCACCACCACAAACAAACCUUCGGUGAAAUCACUAGUACAAAGUAAGGAAGAAAAUAAUAACAUUAUCGUGAAUCCGGUCGAGGAAGGCAGCCCUUCUUGUUUCCAAGACGCGCCGUUGAGUUAUGGCAAUGAAAGUACAAAGAUAAUUGUCCCUGAUGAGGUAGAUGAACCACCAAGUGAACAACCGGAAGAAAGCAAGCCCCCAGUGAAGAAACCACCAGUUCCUCCACGUGCGAGGGAUUCGGUGAAGAACACCGAAACUCCAAAAGAAGCUAAGAAUACCGAUUUACCCAGGCUCGUCGAUUUUGUCCCGAAAUCAUCAUCCAACGGCUUAAAAGAGAACAUCGAGAACUCCACAGAGAUAAUGAAAUUAUUCCUAGAAAACGAGAGGUACAAAUCGACCUACAGUGACUAUGAAACUGACGAAAACGAUAAUGUAGACACGUACGCCAAUGGAAUUGACAUCUACAGUUCGAAAUGGAGCCUUUCGUCUCAACUGGCUACAAUCGGUGAGGUUGAGGAAGAAGCAGGCUCGGAAAUUGGCUUCAACAGACCUUUAACUAAAACUACACCAGUUGUUAUUGUGGAAAAUGCCGACUGCAGCAAUGAAAGUGAAAAAAUCCAAUGCCAGAUCGAAACAUUGAACAAUAUGAACAGUAAAGAAGCAGAUGGAAAGAUGGCAACUCUCCCAAGUGACUCUAGACAGCCACCAGAUGGUCAUGAGUUUCCCGAUUUUAUAGAAAACACCGAAUCUGUGAAGCGCAGUCAGUCGUAUUUCGAAGAUAACGUGAAAAACAGACAUUCGGAUACAUUCACCCACAAGGAUACGUACCGGACAACGCUUGAAUUUCCCAUAAGACCUACUAACUUGAUCCUAUGCCAUUCGGUCAGUUCGUCGAACACUGACCUUCGCCCAAAAAUGUACGAUUCAACAGAAGACUUGAAAUACAGCGGAUUGGUACAAGAACCACCCACGAACCUACAUACGAGAUCUCAAAGUUUAAUAGACAUGUCAGCCUUGUCGAAGCAGAAAAAUACCAAGUGGAACGUACUGAUGGAACAAAGGAGAAAAGGACUUUCGAAAUUGAAAGGUCUUGUUAUACCCGAAGCCUCAGAAAGCGAUAUACUACCCUCAGUUAGCAUACCAGAAAUAAAGAGCCAGAAUACAGCGACCUUCGUGCCAGUACAAAAAGUAGAUAAUAAUGUUAGUACGCAAACGUUUUCCUCGAGUUAUAGUGAUUAUUCGAUUAAGCCCUCGGUACCCCCUUGGCCUGUAAUCACAAGUAAUAACAUUCCAAAAUAUUCCCCAGCGUUUAAACGAAGGAGUCUUCAGGUGUAUCCAACGAGUAUCAGCAAGAACGGAACAAGUGACUACACAUCCCAUAGCGACCUGAUCAAGUUCUACGACAAACCUAGUUCCAAAACCUACAAAGCGAAUGAAGACGAUCUGAAUCCACCAAAAUCAUUGGAGAGUAUAUCGUCGCCGACUAGAUCAGAUUGCAGCUUCGACUACGUCAGCUCUACGAAGAGAUACAUCAGAGAUUCCUUCGGCAAGUCACUCCAAAGCAAGGAAGACGAAAGUGACAACGACUCCGCUGUGAGUUCAAGUCAAUCCAGCUACAAUUCCAGGUUUUCUCCCCCGCCUUCCCCCACGCGUUCCUGCGAAUUGAACAGUUACAAAAACAAAUCGGAAGACGACGACAAAUUGAACAUCCAGAAUCGCCUCCUGAAACCUUCCAGCGUUGAGGCUAUCAACAGGAAAAACAUUUUAGCUUCGGCCAAAUGUAGAAGUGGUAAAGACUUGAAAAUUGGAUCUCCGGUCAUCCGAAGGAAGCAGGAAGAGAACCAGAAAAGCGACCAAUCUGAGACGGUCGAAAAACCAAAAGAAGAAAUUGUUCCAAAGCCGCCUGAAGCUAGAAUCUUGGAUAAAGUUAACGAUGCAUUUGCUGACGUCGAAAUGAUUUCCAAACAGAUCGAGAUUAAGGAAUCGACGAAAAAACCUAGCAAAAUCGAGGAAAUCGAAGAGGCUCCACAAAAACCACCACUGAAGAGCAACAUCACUCCGGCCAAACCCCCCACUUGUCCGGUUACGUCCAAAAACCAUACUAAGGAUUCGAAGGAAAACAAAUUCUCACCCUUGUACAAGACAUUCGAUAUCCGUUCCAGGCAAGCCAAGCCGAUCAACGUCAAAGCAUUAAAAGAGAAUUUCGAAAACUUCGGCUCGAAACCCCCUUGCCCGGCUGUCAAAAUACCGAUUUACAAGUCCCAGAUCGCUACGAAAAACGUGAAAGCGGAAAUCGCGAAGACGGAAAGUAAAAUUAUUUCCAAACUCGAGACUCCCGUAAAGAAGACUGAGAAGGUUGAAGUUAAACCGAAAGAGGCCAGGGUUAUUAAACAGGAGGAAGAGAAUAAAGUCAUAAAAAAAGUAGAAAAGAAUAAAGCGGACGCUAAAACUAUUACGUUACAUUUGGACAGUCUAGGGGGUAGUUUAGGCAUAACCUUAGCUGGAGGUACCGACUAUGAAAAUAAGGAGAUUAGUGUUCACCGAAUUCGUUAUGGCAGCGUCGCCUACCACGAUGGACGCUUAAAAAGGGGAGAUAAAAUUGUUUCUGUCAAUGGUAAAAGUACCAGUAAUUUAACCCACGACGAAGCUGUUGAAUUAUUAAAGGAGCCUGUUACUGAAUUUGUCAUAGAAAUGGAAGAAGGGAUCGAAAUAGUGCCAUCUGCUGGUAGUAAUUUACAGCGUCGGUCGUCGUCGUUGUCUGUCCUAACUGACAUAAAAAGCGCCACUGCUGUUGAAGUCCCUGCCAAAAAGGCGAAUAACGUUAUUUCUUUCUUGAAAGAUGGUGCUGGACUUGGAUUCAGUAUUGAAGGAGGCAAAGAUUCCCCAGUUGGAGAUGUGCCAUUAAUUGUAAAGAAAAUUUUUACUGGAGGAGCAGCAGACAAAAACGGUCAGCUGAAAGUUGGUGAUGAGAUUCUUUUUAUAAACGACAUUAGUUUUUCAAAUUUGUCUAGAAUGGAAGCUUGGACCAUAAUGAAAAAAGUGCCGGAGGGUAACGUCAGUAUACAUAUUUUUAGGUAAAUUUCCCAUUGUAAGAAAAAAUCUUGAUUACUUUUUUUUAUAAAUUAUUAUCUUGCCAAAAUACUAAUUACAAAAAUUUGUACUUAUUUAAAUUAAAUACAUAUUUUGCUUUUUUCGUUAUAAUUUUUAUAUAUAUUUUAUAUACA